AUGGCUCUGCGCUCCUUCUCCCUCCUGGCGUUGGUGGUUGCUGUGCGGGAGAGCUGCUUCGAACUCUGCCCCUCUGGGUCCCUUCCAGGCGCCUCCUCGCACUCCCUGAAGUAUUUCUACUCCUCCAUCUUGGAGCCCAGUCAGGGGCUGCCCCAUUUUGUCGCUGUGGGAUACGUGGACGGUCAGGUCUUUGCUCACUACGACAGCAAUAGCCGGAGGAUGGAGCCUCGAGUCUCCUGGAUCGGGAAGGUGGGGAUGGAGGACCCCCAAUACUGGGACAGAAACACCCAGAGAGAACGUAGCAAUGAGGAGACGUCCAGAGAAAACCUGGAGAUUGCGAGGACUCGCUACAAUCAGAGCGAAGUUACUCAGAGGAAAUUGAACGCCAUUGCAGGAUUGAAUGAGAGAAGGAAGGCCUACCUGGAGGAAAUCUGCAUUGAGUGGCUGGAGAAGUACCUGUCCUACGGGAAGGAGACGCUGCUGAGGACAGAGCCCCCAGAGGUGACCAUGAGCAGCAAGACGGAGAUGGAGGAUGGGAUGGAGACGCACGUCUGCCGCCUGGAUGGCUUCUACCCCAGGGAGAUCGAUGCCUCCUGGACGAGGGACGGGGAGGUCUGGCUGCAGGACACCCUCCGUGGCUCCGUGGCCCCCAACGCGGAUGGGACGUUCCACGCCUGGCUCAGCAUCCGGAUCGAUCCCAAAGAGAGGGGCCGCUAUCGGUGCCACGUGGAGCAUGAUGGCCUGGAGGAACCUCUGGACGUGGCCCUGAAGGAACCAAAAUCCAACCUGGGGCUCAUCCUCGGCUGCGUUCUGGCUGGUCUUCUCCUGGUGGGUGUGACUGUUGGGAUCUUGGCAUUCCUCAACAAGCGUCAAGAAGGCUACAGAGCAGCAUCAAGUGGGUGAUUUGUCCUCAUUACAUGUGAGCUCCAAUUCAGAGCGAGAAUCAGAGGCAAUGUCAGUUGAGAUGUGUGUAU